UUUCUUCUUUUCCUUCUUUCUGUUUUUUAUAUGCCUAGACUUGUACGUCCAGCGAUCGGUCAGGUCUUUGUUAGUUUGGCAACUGUUACGGAGGGCUGGAGCCGGAUCAAUGCACUAAGCAACAAAAAAAUGAUCAUCUGCGCUAAGAAUAUGGACUACCCCUUCGGAAACCAGUGCCAGCGACUCCAGAACCAGGUAAUGAAGGGGAUCUCCGAAAAGGACCGUCCCCAAAUGGCUUACCACCCCCAGUACCUGGAGAGCUUCCUGCGCACACAGCACUACAUCCUGCACAUGGACGGCCCUCUGCCCUUCCACUAUCGGCACUUUAUCGCCAUUAUGGCAGCAGCCCGACACCAGUGCCAUUAUUUGGUCUCUUUGCACUUCUCUGAGUUUCUGCGAGUUGGUGGGGACCCAGCUUGGCUCCGAGGGCUUGACUGUGCCCCCCAGCGCCUUCGUGACUUGGACCAGAUCAACAAGGUGCUGGCUCACCGGCCAUGGCUCAUUGCUCGAGAACACAUUGAGAGUCAACUGAAAAGUGUUGAGCAGUGCUGGAACAUGGCAGAGCUGGUUCAGGCUGUGGUGCUGCUGGCUCACUGUCACGCCCUCACCAGUUUUAUCUUCGGGAUGGGGGUGGAGCAAGAUCCAUUGGCCCCCGGAACCCCCAGUCUGGGUAGCUACUGCUUCUGUGACACUGCUAAUGGCAACUUGGCCUCCAACUCUGAGAACCUCCGGGCCAGCCGACGGAGAUCUUUGGACUCAAGUUGUGACAGUACCUGUCUGCGGGAGCGAAUGCAACGGUUACAGGAAGAGAAGGAGCGACGUGGGGAACGCAGGAUCAGCAGUCAAAGUGAGCACGAUGAAGAUUUAGAAGUGGAGCCCACAAGGCCAUCUGACCUAUCUUGUUAUAUGUCAGAUCCUGAGUUUGGAUAUCAGGAUGUCCCACGGCGUGAUGAAGACCACUCCCAGGUGUUCAGAGUGCAGGAUUAUUCUUGGGAAGUUCACGGAUUCUCUCUGGUCAACCGACUGUAUUCAGAUGUUGGUCACUUGCUAGACGACCGCUUCAGGACCGUGACCAGCGUACAAAAUGGCCUUCUCACUAAAGGGCAGGGAUCUGAUUUCAAAAGAGCUAUCUGGAACUACAUUCAUUAUAUGUUCGGCAUAAGGUAUGACGAUUAUGACUACAGUGAAGUCAACCGUUUGCUGGAGAGAAACCUGAAGGUUUACAUCAAGACAGUCACAUGUUACCCCGAGAAAACCAAAACGCAGAUCUUCCAGCGUUACUGGAGCCAGUUCAAUCCAGCUGAGAAGGUCUAUGUGAAUCUUCUCAUCAUGGAAGCCAAAAUGCAAGCGGAGCUACUGUAUGCACUUCGGGCAAUAACCCAGCACAUGAUCUCGUAGGCUGCAAAGAAUGUGACAAUGGAAAAUGUGAGUGUGUGAAACUAAGAGACAGAUGCAUGAGAGGAAGAAAAGCAGAUCGAACAGAAGACUUGCCAAUAAGGACGCAGCCGAGAUCUCACUGGACAGAGACAAUACUUGAAUCGUUGAAGGGGCCUUUUUUAUUCUUGCAUCAUAGACAUUGGUUUCUCGUUGCUUCCUCAUUUUUUUUUUUUUUUUUUUUUUUUUUUUUCGCUGCGUCAGUGAUGCGACAGCGGUUAAUGUGCAAUUAUUAUUACUAUUAUUAUUUUUAUUAUUUAGACUGUGAGUUCAAGCAGACAUUGGGAUGGAGAUAAAGAGUUCCAGAGAGGGCUGCACAAAUUUCUUUUAGGUUUGUUUAUUUUCAUUUUUAUUUUUAUUUUUACUUUAUUUAGCUUUAGAUUCUAAUUGAAUUGAAUCUUGUUUAUUGUCACUGUCGACUACCGAAUGCAAAAAUAUUUUCCUUUUUUAUUUUUCUUUAAAACUGCACUGGGAUAUUGAAGCAGCUGAUUGAUCACAUUUUUUGAAAAAUUAUGAAGCUCUUGCUAAAAAUUAGUCUUAGCUCUAUACUGUAUAAAAAAAAAGGUACCAGGCACAAAUUUAACUGCAGGCGGCAUGGAAAGACAGAUAAAGCCCUGUGUCUUUUGGAAAUGCUACACGCACCAAGACUGCAGGACGUCAGUCUAAAAAAAAAGAAGAAGAAAGCUAGAAUAACACUAACAAAAGCACUUUUUAAAACCCAAACCACACCAUUUUUGUCUGUAACAUUAAAUGGUAAGAUCAGGAAUCUGUUUUCCCGUAAAUAUUUGAGUUUUAAGAACGGUUAGGGCACAUAAAAGAUUUAAUUCUGGAAACAAUCUGUCUUUCUCCUGAAAGUAUUGUAAAGAUGCUCACUGCCAAUUACUUUACUUUUUCUCUGCCAACGUCUUUGUUUAAGUAAAACAUAGUUUUAUUAUUAAAAAAAAAAAAGUAAAGGGAAGAAAGUGGAAGGCCCUGCCUCCCCCCCAACAAAAGUGUAUUCUCUGCAUACAACAAAGACAAUAACCGACACACUUGAAAAAAAGGACGGUUUGCCGACCCACCACCACAGUCCCUACUGACAGAUGUAAAAACAAAAAAGGAAAUAUCCUGUCGAUAAUGUAAAACAUUAAAAACAGCCCUCACAGAUGGUGACACAUAGCAUGAAAAUCAUGAAGGAAGUGACUUCCAAGGCCUGCCGCAUACAUACAUACAUAUUAAAAAGAAAAGGUCCUAUUGUGCGAAACCCUGUGGGAGCGCUUAGUCACCGAAACGUAUGUGCCGGCAUAAAUUAAUAGAGAGGUGUUGACUGAUUGACAAAUUGAUAAAAUGGCAAGUAAAUAAAUACCCUGACUGUGAAAUGACAAGUAAAUAAAUACAAACAAAUGCAUAUAGGCAUAUACCAAUAUAUAGUGAAAACCAUAAAAAAAUGACCUGAUAAAAGAACAAAGAGGCAAACAGAUACAUGCACAAAUUGAAGAAACACACAAACGCAUAUAAAUGACCACAUGGUAAAAUAAAGAUACACAGCAAACAGACGCAUAAGUAAAUAAGCAAACAAGCAAUUAAAUAAAUAAAUAGGAAAAUUAAAGAAAUGCCAAAAAAAUAUGAGUGGGUAAGCGUAGGUAAGCAGACAUGCACAAAUCCAUUCCUAACAGUAGAAAAAUAAAUACACAGACAAAGAAGAACAUAAAGAAAUUAAAUAUAUACUGUAUAUAUAUAGACAACCAAACAAAUAAGUUCUUAAAUAACCACAGACAGAAAACCAACUGAAUAAUAUAAACAGAUACAGACAUUUAGAAGCGUAAAUAAAUAAGCAAAUUAAAAAAAUACCCAAACACACUAGUAAGUAAACGGUGCGAACCCACAUAAAUAAAUAACCAAAGUCAGAUAAACAGACUGAAAUUCACAGACAUGUAAGACACUUUAGUUAAGAUGCAGACUCUUCCUGGGUUUCUCGCCGAUGGUCUUUUCGUCCCCCCCCCCCAAGUGCCUUUACAGAUUUACAGGUUUAAAUGGCUAUAGUAAACACACCAAAGGUUGUUGGGAUUUCUGCUGCUGGCCUCUUUUGGGAUCUGUCUGUGUCUCAAUUUGACAACAGUGGAAACUGAAGAGUUAAAGCGUCCUUGAAGAAGUGCGUUGAAAGUAGCUCGAUAUUUCAUUCCUGGGAGUCAGCUAACGUAAACCUGCUUGUGCUCCUGCUAAUCUUUUCCUGUUUUGUUUCAAACUCUCAUUUUGUCAAUCAUAACCUGAUUUGGGACGGCGCAAGAGGUUUUGAGGCUUACUAGGAUUUUGAGUAUUACUAAUCACAAAUCAUUCAUGACAAGAUGGAGAGGACUUGUAAGGGUGCAAGUCGAGCAGGGAGCCAGUCGGUCAGAUAACCAUAUCAGCCGUAAUGCCCUGCAUUUCUGAGCCACUUGAUUACUAUGAGUCACGUCCAGUAUUCUCUUGUUUUUUUCUGUAUUUAGACGGGGUAACCAACAUGUUACAGAUACAUGUUUACAAAACAUUAAGCCAGACGAGAACAUUAAACCGACCAAAAAGGUGAAAAGAUUACCAAACAAAAAAAAAAACGGUAACAUUGGACACCACUGAUUAGUCAGUCAUACAUUCGAGGCACUUGAGCAGAGAAGGAUUUCAAUGAGUUGAGGACCAAGGUGGAAAGCUAGAUUGAAGACCACUGCUAUUUAAAAACUGCAGUAGGGGACAGAAAAAAAAUCAUUUUAAUUUGCCAAGUGUUCACAAUUUACUGCUUAGUGGAAACUGAGCAGUGGGGUCUACAAUGAUAUGACAUGCUAAAAAUGUGAAAACUUUGACUUUGGCAGUGUUUUGCAUUUGGUUUAUACGGACAAAGCGGCACCAUUAAUGCCAAGCGGUAGUGAGUUAUAUCGACAUGCUGUACUCGGUGAAGCAGAAAGCACAGUAUUCCCACAAACCAUGCAUUAUAAGAUUUUUGUUUUUAAAUGAUUCACUCCAAACUGGGAGCCAUCCCAUCAUGCACCUGCGCCUAAAUCCAUCUCCGCUUUAAAGGAUUUGGGAGCCAACUGGUACGUCACACAUCAACACGCCUUCCCUUUACCUAAACUGUUCUGCUUGCAUUUGUUUUACUUUUUUGUUUUUUUUUUGUUUUGUUACUGUUGUGUUUUAUCGGCUGCUAAAUUCCAUCUACUGUGUUGUAAGCUGAAUAUUUCAGAAGCAGUAGGUUUGGAUGGCCUUUCAAGGUCAUGUCUUUUACAUAAAAAAGAGAAAGAAUCUAUAAAGUGUAUCAAGAUGUUUGGGGAUUAGUAGAUACCAGGUACUCUUUUUGUGCUAACAGCAUAGGUGCCUUCAAGUAGGAGAGGCCACAAGUUCAAUUCUAGGAUCUGAGCCAGACCCCCCACAGUUGGGUUUUGUCGGCCACCUGGCAGGGGCUCAUUAAGUGCUGUAUUCCCCCUCAUGGGGCCACUGGCCCCCUUCCCUAAGCAGUAUUUGAGCAUGCGCAGUGAUGUUGUCUUUAUUAUCCAGUUAGCAUGUCCGGUGUAAAUAGCCAGCAGGGGUCCUCCCCCUUUCGAUCACAUUUUUCUGAGUACCUGGCUCAUAUACACCUAAUAUGGGAAGGGGUGCUUUCGUUGUUAAGUGUGCAUCAGCCUCUGCCCAUGCCGGCCAGACUUGUAAUAGGACAUUCACAUUCACAUAAUUUGGCAAAUGUCUGCAUGGCCUGAAAAGUGAACCUGUCAGUUAGGAGUAACUGGCAAGAUGCAGCAGUGCCAAUGGCGGCAGCCAGGAGAUGACUCAUGUCAUUGGUGUGAAUUGAAACCUGAGAGAAGAGAGGACAGGAGACUUGUGGCAUGGGCCCGACCUUGGAAUCCAUAUGUAAAACGAGAGAUGGGGCGCCCCAGUUUGGACUGUUAAUGGACUGUUAAUGGGAGCUUCAUUGUGGCAGUGGGUUGAAGUGGAAAUUGGAGCACUUGGUUAAUUGGGUGGGGGGGUUGUUGGAACUGCAGGCCACUAAUCUGCCUUGAAGGCACAGAGACUGACGGAGUGGGAAGUGCAUGGUUACAGUCUACUUGUUCAAUAUUUACCACGUAAAUGUAUGGACAAAAAAAGAAAAAAAAAAAAAGAACGAAAAAAUGUUGUUUUUGGAAAAAGAAAGAGACUUAUUUUUUCUAUAAAGAUUAAUAUGUUUGACACGUUCAAAA